AUGGGGCCGUUCCCAUCUUCCAAUGGGAAUUGUUACAUACUUGUAGCCGUAGAUUAUGUGUCCAAGUGGGUAGAAGCCAUAACUUCACCAACAAACGAUUCUAAGGUAGUCAUCAAGCUCUUUAAGAAGAUCAUAUUUCCCAGGUUUGGUGUUCCACGAGCUAUUAUUAGUGAUGGGGAUACCCACUUCCAUGAAAAACAAUUGGAUAACCUCCUUAAGAAGUAUGACGUAUAUCACAGAACAAGGCUUAGUUACCACCCUCAAACUAGUGGUCAAGUUGAGGUCUCUAAUAGGGAAAUCAAGGCGAUCCUAGAAAAGGCAAUCAAAGAGCUUAAUAUGGAUUCUAAGGCCGCGGGUAAGAAGAGACUUCUUCAACUCAAUGAGUUGGAUGAGGUUAGAUUGUCGGCAUAUGAUAGUGUGCGAAUCUACAAGGAGAAGACCAAGAAGUGGCAUGACAAGAGGAUCUUACCAAGAGAGUUUGCACCGGGUGAUAAGGUUCUUUUCUUUAAUUCUAGAUUGAAGAUUUUCCCAGGAAAGUUGAAGUCUAGGUGGUCCGGUCCCUUCACUGUCACAAAGGUGAACAAGUUUGGUUCAGUGGAGUUGGUGAAUGACAAAGGUGAAGAGUUCAAGGUAAAUGGCCAAAGGUUGAAAGUGUAUCAUGAAGAUGCUACCAUUAGAGAUGUGGAGGAGACUCUCCUAACUCCACUUCCAACAUGA